AUGACACGAUGGCAUGCCCGAGUGCGAGGCCGGUCACUUCCCCCCGGGCCCAAGCGGUGGCCCUUCAUUGGGAACAUGCUCGACGUCCCCAUGUGGAAGCCAUGGUAUGGGCUACGCGACCUGUGCGAACGAUACGGAGAAAUCGUUUACCUCGAGCUCCUGGGCGAGACGAUGGUCAUCCUCGGAAGUCCCGGCGCCAUACACGACCUUCUUGACAAACGCGCAAGCAACACCGCGGACAGAGUGGAGACACCGUUGAUACCUCUCGCCGGCCACGACUUCAAUCUUGCCGUGAUGCAGUAUGGCCCACGCUGGAGGCGUCACCGUCGCAUGCUGUGGCAACAGUUCCACCCUGGAAAGGUGGACAGCUACAAGCCUGUACAGCGCGACUUCACGCGCAAGCUCCUCGCGGGCCUGCUUGAGAGACCCAGCAAGGUGAAGGAGCUGCUGCAAUACCAAAUUAUCGGGACAAUGAUGAAGAUCACGUACGACAUCGAUCUCGCGGACGAAGAUGACGUGCGGAUCGGCUACGCGGACAGAGCCUUCUCAGGGCUGCGCGAGGUCACGGCGCCUGUCCAGUUCCUCCUGCAGCACUUCCCGCUCGUCCAGUAUAUUCCCGCGUGGUUCCCUGGGGCGGGCUUCCACAGGGUGCUUGCGGAGGCGAACCCCCCAUGCGCGUGGAUGCUCGACGUGCCAUUCUCGCAGGCAAAAGCUGAUGUAGCUGAACCGUAUGGUCCGAAAGAGGCGGGGCCAAUCGUGGCGGAGCUCUUGCGUAGGAUGGAGACCUCGCUUAACGGCAUGGAAGGCGAUUCGGAGAGCGAGGAACAAGUCGCUAGAAAUGUUGCCGCCCUCAUCGUCGAAGGUGGAUCAGACACGACCGUCUCAACCCUCGAGGGCCUCAUCCUCGCUCUGUCCCUCUUUCCGGAGGUGCAGCAGAAGGCCCGGGCGGAGUUGGAUGCCAUUGUCGGUGCCCACCGGCUUCCCGACUUCGACGACCGGGACGCCCUUGUAUACAUCAACGCCGUUGUCAAGGAGGCCUUGCGCUGGCACAACGUGUCUCCGCUGAGCAUAGCUCAUGUUACGGUAGAGGACGACGAGUUUCACGGGUACUUCAUACCCGCAGGCACGACUGUCGUUCCCAACGUUUGGGCAUGCAUGCACGAUCCACGCAUCUACCCAGAGCCUGAGAAGUUCUGCCCGGAACGAUUCAUUGGCAAAGACGGGAGGCUGAACCCGGACGUGCUGGAUCCCGCGACGCUGAUCUUCGGGUCGGGAAGAAGGAUCUGCCCGGGCCGCUACUUCGUAGAUGCAGCGCUCUUCCUCACCGCAGCGAGCGUGUUGCAGGUCUUCGACAUUGGCCCGCCAAAGGACGAGAAUGGAUGUCCAAUCAAGGUCGAAUACCAGGCGUCUCACGGGUUCCUAUCAUAUCCAGAGGACACCCGUUGCACGAUCACGCCGCGGUCAGCGGAGGCGGUGGCACUCAUCCUUGGGUCCCAAUGA